UGAUUUUAACUCUAUUUGAACAAGUCAAAUCUCGGUCAAACCUCUCUCCCUCACUCCUCACUUCUUCUCACCCAAACGUUCAUGAUUCAUGCACUGCGACUCCAAUGAGAUUGCUGAUUUCUAUGAAAGUGAAAGAAAGGCACCACACAUACCCACGAAGAAAGAGAUAAAAUUCUACUCAAGAUCUUACUUUAAUCGCCUAUAAAAUUGCUACACUCUCUUAUACGAUGCGAAUAAUUGUCUCUCUUUUUUUCUCUCUAUAAAUACGUUCCUCCGACUACAGUCCGCAGCUGCAGCAGCAGGUGGAAGCCAUGGAGCACGACGAGCAAGGCUUCUUGGAAGAACUGCUUUCCCUGAGGAAAGAUGGAUGGCUGGACUCCUCCUUUCCUUCCGGCAUCUCUGAGUUAUUCGCCCCCGCUGAUGCCGGCGGCAGCUUCGACUGCCUCCAACAGAACCCUGUAGCGGGCGCCGCCGCAGCGCUCGUCGCCCCCACCUUCACUUCCUUUGACGCCGCUGUCCCGGCGGAUGUCGGCUUCGACUACUUGAGCGACGUGUACUGCCCGGUCGGCGGGUACACGGCCCUGCCGGAGAACCAGUACUCCUCCUCCGUCCGGUCGACACUCGACGACAGCGACCUCAGCCUGGUUCACGGCGAGGGGCAGAGUGCGUGCAAGGUGGAGGUGGUGCAGUCGGCGGCCGAGGCCGCCACCGCCCCGCCGUUGGUGUUCGACCUGGGCGGGUGCUCGGAGAGGAAGAAGAAGAAGAAACUCGAAGGGAUGCCUUCCAAGAACCUGAUGGCGGAGCGGAGACGGAGGAAGAGGCUCAAUGACCGGCUCUCCAUGCUUAGAUCCGUUGUCCCCAAGAUUAGCAAGAUGGACAGAACCUCGAUUCUCGGGGACACCAUCGAUUACAUGAAGGAGCUACUCGACAGGAUCAAGCACCUGCAGGAGGAGAUCGAAGUCUCUCCUGACCAACCGAAUAUGCUCAGCAUCUUCAAGGAACUAAAUUCCAACGAAGUCUUAGUGAGGAACUCCCCAAAGUUCGACGUCGAGAGGAGAGACAACGAGACGCGAAUCGAGAUCUGCUGCGCCGCCAAGCCAGGCCUCCUGCUCUCCACGGUGAAUACCCUCGAGGCGCUUGGGUUGGAGAUCCAACAAUGCGUGGUCAGUUGCUUCAAUGACUUCGGAAUGCAAGCUUCCUGCUCUGAGGAGAUGGAGCAGAGGGCGGUGAUGCGCGCCGAGGACAUCAAGCAAGCACUCUUCAGGAAUGCAGGAUACGGAGGAAGGUGCUUGUAGAAAUAAAAUCGACCACAUGAACCAAAUUUUCUCGAGUUCUUGCACUUUUCUUGCUCUUGUAAAUCUCCAUAAAAUCUGAGAGUGAGAGCUUCAUCAGUUUUCAGAUGACCAAUGACCAAACCAAGUGGUUCAUGUUCUACUUAUCCUAUUGGUCAAAUUGAGCAUUGAUGUUUUACUUUUUUCCUUCAUGAAUAUUUGUUGCCUUCGAUUCUAUUUAA